CCGGGAAGUACCAGCGGUGAGUCCCAGGGCUGGGUGGGUGGGGAGUGGGGGGCCCAGCGUGGGUCCCAUUCUCCAGUUCUGAGAAUUGUGAUGCUGCUGUGGCUGCACCUUGGGGCAGCCCCACAGAGUCCAGCCCAGUAUAAAACUGCAGCCCCCAGCCCUGCUGAGCCCACCAGAGACACACGCAGAGAUGCUGGUGCUGGUGGGACUGGUGCUGUUCCUUGUGCCUGCAGAGCCCCUGACUGCCUUCCCCCCGAAGUUCCAGGUGGGGAAACUCAACCAGGACGUGGUGGUGCGAUGUGACACUUCAGAGCAGCACAUCUACUGGACACUGAACGGCGAGGAGGAGCCCAUGGCCGAACUGGUGCCCGAGGGCCAGAACCUCACCAUCCUCGGCUUGGACCUGCCAGCCACUGGCAACUACAGCUGCUGGGCUGGCCCCGUCCUGCUGGACACCACCUACGUGGUGGUCAGCGGCACCCGUGAGGAGAAGAUCAAUGUGUCCUGCCAGGCUGAGUCCUACGAUGGCUCCUUCCACUGCUCCUGGCCUGGGCCUCCCUCUGCCAUCUUCCGUGCCCGCCUCACACGCAGCGAUGGCUCCGUGGGGCCAUGGGUACCGGUGGCCAGUGACCAUGGCCAGUUCAACACCAGCCUGGCUGACCCCUGGUUCUGCCCCUUUGGGGAGGAGCUGCACCCGCUCCAGGUGCACCUGGAGGGGCUUUCAGACACCUCCUACCUCAACCUCUCCAGGCACUUCUUCCUCCGCGACAUUGUGCGUCCUGAUCCACCCCAGGAGCUGAGCCUGCAGCAGCGGGGGCAGCAGCUCCACCUGGCCUGGGCCCCCCCGGCCUCCUGGCCGCUCCCCAAGUCCUACUUUGCUCUGCUCUACCAUCUACAGUAUGAGCUCCACAACGGCACCCAGGUUGAGCAGUUCGUGGAGGGUGUGGAGGAGACUCCGGUGCAGGAGGGGGCACUGCGGGUGCGAAUCAGCUGCCGGGAUCCCUACACCCCCCCGGCCUGGAGCCCCUGGAGCACCUGGAUGGGCCUCGAUGUGCCCCAUUAACAGAGGUUUUGAGGGUGCUGUCCCCAAGAACGGGCACCUCCUUUCUGCAGAACCCCCAGCCCUUUACAGCUCAGAAAAGGAUUUUUGCCCUUAUUAAAAC